ACCCUUAGUGUCUUGAUCCUGACACUCAUGUCACCCUUUCAGUCCUGGUUCUCAAAUAUAAUGAACUUCAAAUCUGACUCUAGUCCAGAAGCAGGACAGUCAGCCCAUGACCCAGUCGCACCCAACGAGGUCCAAUAUCCUUCAGAAAGCCUCAAAUCUGAAUCUGAAGAUACGAUUGUUCACAUUUCAUAUGAUCCUUUGAAUCCCCCGCCUCACCCGGGAGCCAAUUGGACGCGGUUCAUAUGUAUAAGCGACACUCAUUCAAGUACUUUUAAUAUCCCUCAUGGGGACGUUUUACUCCAUUCUGGGGAUUUGAGUAAAAUGGGCCGGGAAGAUCAAAUAAAGAUUACUGUAGAGUGGUUACGAGCACAGCCCCACCCUGUCAAAAUCAUCAUUGCAGGAAAUCAUGACUUGCCUCUGCAUCAAGAAUGGUAUAAAUCAGCCUAUCGCAUGUUUCAUGGCACAAAAAAGGAGUCAUGCUCUCGUAUCCGGUCACUAGUAGACAGCAAAUUGAAUCGAAAACACGGCCUUGUAUACCUUCAAGACGAGUCACACACUUUUCAGGCGAAGGAGGGAGGACGAACAUGGUCGAUCUAUGGAUCUCCUUGGCAGCCAUACUACGGAGGAUGGGCAUUCAACUACAUGCCAGGAGACGAAGCAGAUGCUCUAGUCUCCAAGAUCCCUGAAGUGGAUAUUCUUUUGACGCAUGGCCCACCUCACAUGCUUCUAGACGAGGCCCUGAGCGGUGGCCAUGUUGGAUGUUCAUCUCUCAGCACACACCUAUCUCGCAUGGCAAAGCCUCCUCGUUUACACGUUUUUGGCCAUAUCCACGAGGGUCACGGAGCUUUGAUGCAUUCGUGGUCGCCAAGUGAUUCGGAACCGAGUGCGGGACGACAUCCUUCAAGAUCGACUAUCACGGUUAAUGCAGCCAAUUACCCCAUGGGCCCCAAAGCUCGAUUACCCAACAACACGUCUGUGCCGUGCGGUGGUCUUGGCUUUCAACCAGUAAUCGUGGACUUCCUGGAUGUCACAGAGGCCUAGACUGCAUCAAGAAAGGAGAAUGUGAUACAUGUAUACAUGUGUCCUCGUAUCACGUCGCCCUAUAUACGAGGCCUGGGUCGACGUGACACUUUUAGAGGUGAGAUGUAACUGCCCCAUAGUUGUAGGUGUCAAGGCACUAGAUCUUGCGCUUACAGGGUCAUGUCUGCUACUAUCCGUUCCUUUUAUGUAUUAUAAUACCUAUAAUGCAGUGUAUGCGCUGCUUUGUCGUUCAUAGAGCUACAGAUGUAGUAGAGGGAGAUUUUACAAUACGUGCUACAGUGUACAUAGUAAUCUUCGUGCUUAAAGGCCUUUGUUUAUUAUUU